ACCAUGGCAGCAGUGACCGUGUCGGUGGCCGGGCGGAAGGCGCCCCCCCAGCCGGGCCCGGUGCCCGAGGCGGCGCAGCCUUACCUGUUCGCGCCCCGCGCGUCCAGCGUGGGGGGCCCUGGCGCGGCCCCGCAGGUGGAGUGGACGGCGCGCCGCCUGGUGUGGGUGCCCUCGGAGCUGCACGGGUUCGAGGCCGCGGCGCUGCGCGAUGAGGGCGAAGAGGAGGCGGAGGUGGAGCUGGCGGAGAGCGGCCGGCGGCUGCGGCUGCCCCGGGACCAGAUCCAGCGCAUGAACCCCCCCAAGUUCAGCAAGGCCGAGGACAUGGCCGAGCUCACGUGCCUCAACGAGGCCUCGGUGCUGCACAACCUUCGCGAGCGCUACUACUCCGGCCUCAUCUACACGUACUCCGGCCUUUUCUGUGUGGUCAUCAAUCCAUACAAGCAGCUCCCCAUCUACACGGAGGCCAUCGUGGAGAUGUACCGGGGCAAGAAGCGGCACGAAGUGCCACCGCACGUGUACGCGGUGACCGAGGGGGCCUACCGAAGCAUGCUCCAGGAUCGUGAGGAUCAGUCUAUUCUCUGCACUGGGGAGUCUGGGGCCGGGAAGACGGAAAACACCAAGAAGGUCAUCCAGUACCUGGCCCACGUGGCCUCGUCCCCCAAGGGCAGGAAGGAGCCAGGCGUUCCGGCCUCCGUCAGCUCCGUGUCUUAUGGUGAGCUGGAGCGGCAGCUUCUCCAGGCCAACCCUGUCCUGGAGGCCUUCGGCAACGCCAAGACCGUGAAGAACGACAACUCCUCCCGAUUCGGCAAGUUCAUCCGCAUCAACUUCGACGUCGCCGGGUACAUCGUGGGCGCCAACAUCGAGACCUAUCUGCUGGAGAAGUCGCGGGCCAUCCGCCAGGCCAAGGACGAGUGCAGCUUCCACAUCUUCUACCAGCUGCUGGGAGGCGCCGGGGAACAGCUCAAGGCCGACCUCCUCCUGGAGCCGUGUUCCCACUACCGCUUCCUGACCAAUGGGCCGUCCUCCUCCCCCGGCCAGGAGCGGGAGCUCUUCCAGGAGACGCUGGAGUCCCUGCGGGUCCUGGGAUUCACCCACGAGGAAAUCACCUCCAUGCUGCGGAUGGUGUCGGCCGUCCUUCAGUUCGGCAACAUCGUCCUGAAGAGGGAACGGAACCACGAUCAAGCGUCCAUGCCGGACAACACAGCUGCGCAGAAGCUCUGCCGCCUCCUGGGACUGGGGGUGACGGAUUUCUCCCGCGCCCUGCUCACCCCUCGCAUCAAGGUCGGCCGCGACUACGUGCAGAAAGCACAGACCAAGGAGCAGGCGGACUUCGCGCUGGAGGCCCUGGCCAAGGCCACCUACGAGCGCCUCUUCCGCUGGCUGGUCCUGCGCCUCAACCGCGCCCUGGACCGCAGCCCCCGCCAGGGCGCCUCCUUCCUGGGCAUCCUGGACAUCGCCGGCUUCGAGAUCUUCCAGCUGAACUCGUUCGAGCAGCUGUGCAUCAACUACACCAACGAGAAGCUGCAGCAGCUCUUCAACCACACCAUGUUCGUGCUGGAGCAGGAGGAGUACCAGCGCGAGGGCAUCCCCUGGACCUUCGUCGACUUCGGCCUCGACCUGCAGCCCUGCAUCGACCUCAUCGAGCGGCCGGCCAACCCCCCUGGACUCCUGGCCCUGCUAGACGAGGAGUGCUGGUUCCCAAAGGCCACGGACAAGUCCUUUGUGGAGAAGGUGGCGCAGGAACAGGGUGGCCACCCCAAGUUCCAGCGGCCGAGGAACCUGCGGGACCAGGCCGACUUCAGCGUCCUGCACUAUGCGGGCAAGGUCGACUACAAGGCCAAUGAGUGGCUGAUGAAAAACAUGGACCCCCUGAAUGACAGCGUCGCAACCCUGCUGCACCAGAGCACAGACCGGCUAACCGCGGAGAUCUGGAAAGACGUGGAGGGCAUCGUGGGGCUGGAGCAGGUGAGCAGCCUCGGGGACGGGCCGCCGGGUGGCCGCCCCCGCCGGGGCAUGUUCCGGACGGUGGGCCAGCUCUACAAGGAGUCCCUGAGCCGCCUCAUGGCCACACUCAGCAACACCAACCCCAGCUUCGUCCGCUGUAUCAUCCCCAACCACGAGAAGAGGGCCGGGAAGCUGGAGCCGAAGCUGGUGCUGGACCAGCUGCGCUGUAAUGGCGUCCUCGAGGGCAUCCGCAUCUGCCGCCAGGGCUUCCCCAACCGCAUCCUCUUCCAGGAGUUCCGGCAGCGAUAUGAGAUCCUGACGCCCAAUGCCAUCCCCAAGGGCUUUAUGGAUGGGAAGCAGGCCUGUGAGAAGAUGAUCCAGGCCCUGGAACUGGACCCCAACCUCUACCGUGUGGGACAGAGCAAGAUCUUCUUCCGGGCGGGGGUCCUGGCCCAGCUGGAAGAGGAGCGGGACCUGAAGGUCACAGACAUCAUUGUGUCCUUCCAGGCAGCUGCCCGGGGAUACCUCGCUCGCAGGGCCUUCCAGAAGCGUCAGCAGCAGCAAAGUGCCCUGCGGGUCAUGCAGCGGAACUGUGCAGCCUACCUCAAGCUGAGACACUGGCAGUGGUGGCGACUCUUCACCAAGGUGAAGCCACUGCUGCAGGUGACGCGGCAGGAUGAGGUGCUGCAGGCGCGGGUGCAGGAGCUGCAGAAAGUGCAGGAGCUGCAGCAGCAGAGCGCCCGCGAGGUGGGCGAGCUCCAGGACCGCUUGACGCAGCUGGAAGAGGAGCGCAACCGCCUGGCCGAGCAACUGCGAGCAGAGGCAGAGCUGUGUGCUGAGGCCGAAGAGACGCGGGGACGGCUGGCAAGCCGAAAGCAGGAGCUGGAGCUGGUGGUGUCGGAGCUGGAGGCCCGCGUGGGCGAGGAGGAGGAGUGCAGCCGCCAGCUGCAAAGUGAGAAGAAGAGACUGCAGCAGCAUAUACAGGAGCUGGAGACCCACCUGGAGGCUGAGGAGGCGGCCAGGCAGAAGCUGGAGCUGGAGAGGGUGACAACCGAGGCGAAGCUGAAGAAGUUUGAGGAAGACCUGCUCCUCUUGGAAGAUCAGAACGCCAAGCUGAGCAAGGAGCGGAAGCUUCUGGAAGACCGUCUGUCCGAGUUCUCAUCCCAGGCGGCCGAGGAGGAGGAGAAGGUCAAGAGCCUCAAUAAGCUUCGACUCAAAUACGAGGCCACGAUUGCGGACAUGGAGGACCGCCUCCGGAAGGAGGAGAAGGGCCGCCAGGAGAUGGAGAAGCUGAAGCGGCGGCUGGACGUGGAGAGCUCGGAGCUGCAGGAGCAGAUGGGGGAGCAGCAGCAGCGGGCGGAGGAGCUGCGGGCGCAGCUGGGCCGCAAGGAGGAGGAGCUGCAGGCGGCGCUGGCCAGGGCAGAGGAGGAGGGCGGGGCCCGGGCUCAGCUGCUCAAGUCGCUGCGGGAGGCGCAGGCCGGGCUGGCCGAGGCCCAGGAGGACCUGGAGGCGGAGCGCGCGGCCCGGGCCAAGGCCGAGAAGCAGCGCCGGGACCUGGGCGAGGAGCUGGAGGCGCUGCGGGGCGAGCUCGAGGACACGCUGGACUCCACCAACGCGCAGCAGGAGCUCCGGUCCAAGAGGGAGCAGGAGGUGACAGAGCUGAAGAAGGCUCUGGAAGAGGAGACGCGUGUUCACGAGGUGGCGGUGCAGGAGCUGAGGCAGCGCCACGGCCAGGCGCUGGGAGAACUGGCGGAGCAGCUGGAGCAGGCCCGGAGGGGCAAAAGUGCAUGGGAGAAGACCCGGUUGGCCCUGGAGGCCGAGGUGUCCGAGCUACGGGGGGAACUGAACAGCCUGCAGACCUCGCGUCAGGAGGGUGAGCAGAAGAGGCGCCGCCUGGAGUCCCAGCUGCAGGAGGUGCAGGGCCGGGCUGGUGAUGGAGAGCGGGCCCGAGCAGAGGCUGCGGAGAAGCUGCAGCGGGCCCAGGCUGAACUCGAGAACGUGUCCGGGGCCCUGAGUGAGGCCGAGUCCAGAGCGAUCAGGCUGAGCAAGGAGCUGAGCAGCACGGAGGCCCAGCUGCACGAUGCCCAGGAGCUGCUGCAGGAGGAGACCAGGGCCAAGCUGGCCUUGGGGUCCCGGGCGCGAGCCCUGGAGGCUGAGGCAGCGGGGCUGCGGGAGCAGCUGGAGGAGGAGGCGUCCGCCAGGGAGCGGGCGGGCCGCGAGCUGCAGACCGCCCAGGCCCAGCUCUCAGAGUGGCGGCGGCGCCAGGAGGAGGAGGCGGGGGCGCUGGAGGCAGGGGAGGAGGCGCGGCGCCGGGCGGCCCGCGAGGCGGAGACCCUGACCCAGCGCCUGGCGGAGAAGACCGAGGUGGUGGACCGGCUGGAGCGCGGCCGCCGCCGGCUGCAGCAGGAGCUGGACGACGCCACCAUGGACCUGGAGCAGCAGAGGCAGCUCGUGAGCACGCUGGAGAAGAAGCAGCGCAAGUUCGACCAGCUGCUGGCGGAGGAGAAGGCGGCGGUGCUGCGCGCGGUGGAGGAGCGCGAGCGGGUGGAGGCGGAGAGCCGGGAGCGCGAGGCGCGCGCCCUGUCGCUGGCGCGGGCGCUGGAGGAGGAGCAGGAGGCGCGCGAGGAGCUGGAGCGGCAGAACCGGGCGCUGCGCGCGGAGCUGGAGGCGCUGCUGAGCAGCAAGGACGACGUCGGCAAGAGCGUGCAUGAGCUGGAGCGAGCCCGCCGGGUGGCAGAACAGGCCGCCAACGACCUGCGGACCCAGGUGACGGAGCUGGAGGACGAGCUGACAGCGGCCGAGGACGCCAAGCUGCGCCUGGAGGUGACCAUGCAGGCUCUGAAGGCGCAGCACGAGCGGGACCUGCAGGGCCGCGACGAGACUGGCGAGGAGAGACGGCGGCAGCUGGCCAAGCAGCUGAGGGACGCGGAGGUGGAGCGGGACGAGGAGCGCAAGCAGCGCGCCCUGGCGGUGGCCGCGCGCAAGAAGCUGGAGGCGGAGCUGGAGGAGCUGAAGGCGCAGAUGUCGGCCGCGGGGCAGGGCAAGGAGGAGGCGGUGAAGCAGGCGCGCAAGAUGCAGGCCCAGAUGAAGGAACUGUGGCGGGAGGUGGAGGAGUCGCGCACCUCCCGGGAGGAGAUCUUUGCCCAGAACCGGGAGAGUGACAAGCGCCUCAAGGGGCUGGAGGCAGAAGUGCUGCGGCUACAGGAGGAACUGGCCGCCUCAGACCGCGCCAGGCGUCAGGCCCAGCAAGAGCGGGAUGAGAUGGCAGAUGAGGUGGCCAAUGGCAGCCUUGGCAAGGCGGCCAUUCUGGAGGAGAAGCGUCAGCUGGAGGUGCGCCUGGGGAAGAUGGAAGAGGAGCUGGAGGAGGAGCAGAGCAACGCAGAGCUGCUCAAUGACCGCUACCGCAAGCUGCUCCUGCAGGUGGAAUCGCUGACCACAGAGUUGUCAGCUGAGCGCAGUUUCUCAGCCAAGGCCGAGAGCGGGCGGCAGCAGCUGGAGCGGCAGAUCCAGGAGCUCCGGGCGCGCCUGGGUGAGGAGGACGCUGGGGCCCGGGCCCGCCAGAAGAUGGUCAUCGCCGCCCUUGAGUCUAAGCUGGCCCAGGCUGAGGAGCAGCUGGAGCAGGAGAGCAGGGAGCGCAUCCUCUCGGGCAAGCUGGUGCGCAGGGCCGAGAAGAGGCUUAAAGAGGUGGUGCUCCAGGUGGAGGAGGAGCGGAGGGCAGCCGACCAGCUCCGGGAUCAGGUGGAGAAGGGGAACCUUCGGGUGAAGCAGCUGAAGCGGCAGCUGGAGGAGGCGGAGGAGGAGGCGUCGCGGGCGCAGACGGUCCGCCGGAGGCUGCAGCACGAGCUGGAGGAUGUCACGGAGGCCUCGGAGUCCAUGAACCGCGAGUUGAACACCCUGAGGAACCGGCUGCGACGCGCGCCCCUCACCUUCACCACCCGCACGGUGCGCCAGGUCUUCCGGCUGGAGGAGGGCGUGGCGUCGGACGAGGAGGCGCAGGACGCGGAGCCGGGGGCCGGGCCGCCCCAGGAGCCCGACAGACCGCCUGCGGCCCAGCCUCAGUGACCGCGCGCUGCCCCCGGGCGCCGGCCCCUCCCUCCCCGCUCCCCGCGGUGCCCGCCCCAGAGCUCGCCCCCUGGCUUCCCGCCCUUUGGAAAGGGUGCCACCCUCCAGCGCUCCAGCACUUAUCAAGCCCACUCCGGGGGGGGGGGGGUGUUCCCCGAGACCUCCCGUGGACCCCUAAUCACAGAGGAGCGGGCCAGCGGGGAGGGAAGGACUGGGGCUCCCUCGCUUGGGAGGAAUUUGGGGUGUCGUUGGCAAGCUGCGGUUUCAUCCGGGUUCCCAUCCUUCCUUCAGUUGUUAAUGAUCUUUAUUAGGAAGGGAGAAUGGCUCCCCUCCCCCACCUCGUCCCCCUCCCCCCUCCCGCUUCCUCUGCCCCGUCUCCCCCUCCCCCUCCCUCUGCGGAUGUCUCUCACCAUUCAGCCACCCGACUGCUGAGCGACAGCAGCCUGAGCCCUGGCCUCCGCCAGCGCCAGACCCUCGCAGAGGGGCGGGAUGAGGGGCCCUCCCCCCUCCCCCCAGGCCCCGCUCCCCCUUCUGGUUGCUCCUGUGUGAUCGAUCACACGUCGUUGGAGUCGCCCCCGGGGGCUGGAGGAGGCCCCCAGACCCUCCCAGCCUCCAGGCUCUGGCAGAAAUAAACUCCAACCCCGACUGGACGGGA